AUGUCUGCCGCCAUCAAGAUUGCCUCCGUGGCCUCCGGCCUCACCCUCGCUGGCUACAGCGCCCUCCACAUCGCGCGCACACCAGCGCAAGAAUUCUCCAAGAACUCGAUGGCGAUCGAUCACACACUGCAGACGCAGACCUCCGGCGUUGUGCCAAAGCCAAAGCUUCCAUCCAACUUCGUCUCCUUCACGAUUGGCGGCUACGAGUUCAAGAACGCGGCAUGA